CCUUGGCCAACACGUAAACAAUCAGUACAACGUUUAGAAAUCACAGAGUAAUUCAAUAUUGGAACAAAAUCUGAACUUAAAAAUGAAGCCGUGUCCUAUACAACAAGAGAUCGUUACUACCAACGAAACAAUAGCAGGUUUGCGUGAACGGGUCCGGCGUAUGGAACAAAAUUUGACUGACCCAAAUUUACCAGAAGACCGCAGGCGGGAACUUUCGCUGGAGCUGAAGGAAAUUUCGAAACUACUUGAAACGAACGAGGAAUUGCUGAAGAAGAUGCACAAGGAAAAUUCGAAGUCAUUCGCUGUCGCUGCCUGCCUGUUUUUCAUAUGCUUUCUUGUGUACGGCCUUUACGUAUUAGUAAACGGAGUGUGACUAUUGAGCAUUAAAUUAAAACACCUCUACCCAAACUCACCAUUUGAUAACCGGUAAAUGAGUAAUUCGUCGUAUCAUUUUUACAAGUGUA